AUUACCAUAUUUAAAGGAAUCAUUUCAGUCACCAAAAACUCACUCUUCCCAUACACCAUUUUUGACAUUACCAGUUACACAUUCAAAAUGCAUAAUCACACCGAAACACAACAAAUAAAAUCAAAUAACCUGAUCAUUCCCCUUCACAACCUCUCCAAACUCAACACCCAAAUCGAUUCUCUUAAACACUUCAUAUUUCAAUCCAUCAACACCAAUACUCUCCUCUCCAAACACCACUUAGACACACUCUCCAACCAACUCUCCUCAUCCAUUCGCCACGUCAUCACCAACGCUUCCGCACUUCUCGCCGCAUCUCCCGUAACCGUAACCGUUUCUCCAACGGUUAACGAACACUCCGAAACUGUGGAACUCAACGCGGUUGAACUUCUCGCAAAGCACUUUCACUUCUGCGAGAUUUGCGGGAAAGGAUUCACGCGCGACGCGAAUAUGCGUAUGCACAUGCGGUCGCACGGGGAACGGUUUAAGACUCGUGAAGCGUUGCGUGGUGGUUGUGGUGUGAGGGAAGCGCGCUUAACGGCGACGCGGUUUUCUUGUCCUUUUGAAGGAUGCAAACGGAAUAAGUUGCAUAAGAAGUUUAUGCCGUUGAAGUCGGUGUUGUGUUUGAGGAACCAUUUCAAGAGGAGUCAUUGUCCGAAAACUCACACGUGCGAUCGGUGUAAGAGGAAGAGCUUUGCGGUAAUUUCGGAUUUGAAGAGUCACGUGAAGCAGUGUGGGGGAGAGUCUACGUGGAAGUGUACGUGCGGAACCACGUUUUCAAGAAAAGAGAAACUGUUUGGACACGUGGCAAGGUUUGAGGGGCAUUCGCCGGCGGUUGAGGUGGGGGAAGAAGAGAAAAGAAAAACUAUGGAGGCGGCGCCGGCGGAAGGGGAUAGGUUACCCGAAGGUUUCUUUGAUGAUUUGGAAAAGUUUUGGGUUUGACUCUUUUUAGAACAAAUAACUUUGGAUUUAAGAUGAUAUUAAUUAUUGGAAGAAUUUUUAUUUCUCUAAAUUAACGAUCACCAAUGUAAAAUUUCACUUCAUGAAAUCAAGGCCUCAACCCGAUGUGCAACUAACCAUUUUGAAUAAGAUUUUGUUU